UAUGCCGAUCAAUAUAAAUAUUUUAAAGCAUGUACAUUAGUCAAUAUCGGUUGGAGGUUGUUUAUUUCAGCAACUGGUUUUAUAAAAUGACAGUGACAAUUAACGUGUGAGGUAUUUACUUGUCUUCAAAGAACGAUGCGGUCAGUGCUAACAUACAGUUUAUUCAUAAUCGUUCAAUCAUGGAGUUUCUCAGAGGGAAAGAGACCUAACAUUGUUUUUAUCGUCGCUGAUGAUUUAGGAUGGAACGACGUCGGAUAUCACAACCCGUCCAUGAUCACACCUAACAUUGAUAAACUCGCGUAUCAAGGAGUCAUUCUCAACCACUCUUAUGUACAACCAGUCUGCUCACCCUCACGCCAUGCCUUCAUGACGGGAUAUUAUCCUUUUAAAGCUGGACUGCAGCAUAUGGUAAUUUGGGAUGAACAAGACGUUUGUUCACCAUUGAAUAUGACUUUCCUGUCCAGCCACCUGAAGAAAGCGGGUUAUGCCACACAUGCUAUAGGAAAAUGGCAUCUUGGGUUCUGCAGCUGGGAGUGUACACCUGAAUAUCGUGGGUUCGAUUCUUUCUAUGGGUAUUACAACAGCCGGUCCGACUAUUUUACUCACGUUGAAGCCAACUAUUUAGAUUUCCACGAUGGCUAUGACGUUGUGUGGGAUAAAAAUGGGUCAUAUUCGGCGGAUUUGUAUGCUGAAAGAGCUGAGAAAAUUAUUGCAGCCCACAAUGAGAGUCAGCCUUUGUUCUUAUACCUACCUUACCAGAAUGUCCAUGAACCGUUAGAGGUUCCGCCACAGUAUGAGGCCCUGUACCCGGAUGUUGAAACUCCGGACAGAAGAACAUAUUGUGGUAUGGUGACGGCUUUGGACGCUGCCAUUGGACGUGUUGUAAAAGCGUUGAAAGAGAAAAAACUUUAUGACGACACAAUUUUCUUCUUUACUCCAGAUAAUGGUGGAAUGGUCGUAAAGGGCGGUAACAACUGGCCGUUGCGCGGCUCCAAAGUUACAAUAUGGGAAGGUGGUACCAGAACUCUUGGUUUUGUUUCGGGAUCCAGGCUUCAGAAAUAUGGCUACACCUUUGACGGAUUAAUGCAUGCUGUAGACUGGCACCCUACAAUUCUUUCAGCAGCUGGUUUGACACCGGAUCCUGACCUUGAUGGAAUAUCCCAGUGGGAAGCAAUCAGUACCGGGUCUGAAGGAAAACGGACGGAAUUUAUCUAUAACUUAGAUGACAUUGUGCCUGCAACCCAAGGUCACGCUGGAAUAAGAAUUGGUGAUUAUAAAUUAUUGGCGGGAAACACUGGUCUAUAUAAUGACUGGUACCCACCGGAUAAAAUGUACACAGAGGAGGCGCUUGGAGACCACUUCAGCUUUGAGGAAAGGCUGAAAGCCGGGAACGAAUCUUACUUCAAAUUAUUCAACUUAAAAGACGACCCUAAUGAAUACAAAAACCUUGCAGACGACAUGCCAGAAAUGGUACAAAAGCUUCUUACACGAAUGAAUGAGUAUAAGGAACAAAUGAUACCUGCUAAGAUACCAAAACCAAAUCCGGCUGCAAGUCCUAAAUAUUUUGGCAAUGCAUGGACACCCGGCUGGUGUAAGAAGCCGAUGGCAUGAGAAUUGCUUGUAAAUGGUUAAAAUGUCAGGCCGAUUUUUGAAUUAUUCAUAGACAUUAUAAAAGGAUCGAUUUGCAGAAAUAAUACUAUUUGCUUGGAACUAUAUACCGGUAGAUGUAGAAAGCAAACAUCUCGUGGACUCUAUCAAAUGAGACUUAAAAAGUGGAAGAAUGAGUAGACAGUACGAAAUGAAAUAAGCCGCACCUAGAGAAAACCAGCAUAGUGCGUUAGCGGCCAUCAUGGAUCCAGAUCAGCCUGCGCAUCCGCGCAGUCUGGUCAGGAUCCUGUUGUCCGCUUUUAAAUCCUAUUGCAAUUAGAGAAACCGUUAGCGAAUAGUAUGGAUCCUGACCAGACUGCGUGGAUGGACAUGCUUGUCUGGAUCCAUGCUCGCCGCGAAUGCACUAUGUUGGUUUUCUCAUGGUGUGACUCAAAUUAUGGUCUAUUUUCUGUUUACAUAUUUUGUGUGUUGUAUUUUAUAUUAAACAUUGUUUUUCACGUUUAUUUUUCAGCACAUUCGUGUAGUUUUAUUUCAGCUCAAUGCGUGCCCGUGGAAGAAAAUAUUUCCAUCUUCGGAUACCGUCUAUAAUAAAGUGUUUACUUAUUGACUUACUUGAUUGCCGAGUUAUCCAUUGACUUAUGCUCAUCAAUGAUUUUUACGAACCACGUGCAAAUCAUAACAUGUCUGGAAAAUUGCUUGUGCAAAUGAAAAAAAAAAAAGAUCUUUGUGAAUUGUACACCAUAUUAAUUCCUAGAUCACAUUUGGCACAUAAGUGUGUCUUCUUUUUCAAAUGCGACGUUUUUUUGUGUUUGUCUAAUAAGGUGUUUACCAAGAAAAUCACUUUUUUUCAAAGAGUCUAUCAGUGCCUUAUACAGUUGCAUGUUAUUUAUGACAUAAUCGGUACAACCAUGCUGAGGGACAGAUCAGUGAUUUCUAUUGCAUUUUCCUUCAGACAUUUUUGUGGUAUAUGCAGGUUUUUUUUUUUUUUUAAAUUUGGAUGCAAUUUUUAAAGACACGCAGCUUUGAGAUAAUAUGUUUUCCUUUAUUAAAUAUGUGAAUGUUUUAGUUGUUAAAUUGUAUUCCUAUUGUGAUUUUUAUCUACUUGUUUUGAUAGGAUGAAAGAGAGUUUUUCAUGUAACUGUAUAUCUUUUUUGCGAUGUUUUUUAAUGUUAAGUUUAUAUGUGUUUUACAUGUAUCUGCAGAUUAAGUUUCGGCGAUUUUUUGAAAUGUCGAAUGAACGUUGCAAAUUUCGUUUCGACGAUUAUAUUUUUAAUGUUGAGUGGUCUUCUGUACGUGAAGCGUGCUUUCCGAUAUGGCAUAUUGUAAAUUGUAUUAGUGUUUGAAAAACUAAUAAAGUAUAUGACGCCUG